CAGACCAAAGGCGAAGUUCGGGCGCGGAGGAGCGGAACAGCGAGUACGUGACCGGUUUAGGGGCCCUUCUCCUUCCACUGCCCCCGUGCUCGGCCCGAUGACCGUGAUGGGGCAGAGCUGCCUCCUCCACGACCGCAGAGGCAGUGUGAAGAUACUGCACAGGGACGAAAGUAUGGACCCGUUAAUGAGCAUGGAGGUAGACACCAGGGUCUCAGUGAGCCCUCUGAGCCAGCGCCGUGAUAGUUCCCUCACCACACCGAUACAACGAGCCCUGCGAUCAUUCAGCAUUCCACUGGAGAGGCUGCACGUCAUGAAGGGCCACAUGAUGCAGGACAUGUGCAAGGGGCUGAGCCGUCAGACACAUGCACAGGCCAAAGUGCGGAUGCUGCCCACCUACAUCUGCGCCACUCCCAAUGGCACUGAGAAGGGAAACUUUCUGGUGGUGGAGCUGUGCCAGAACCAGAUUCGGACCCUGUUGGUGACCCUCUACGGAGAUGGAAACAUGAGCCCCCAGAUGAUGUACAAGAUCUUUGACAUGCCACAGGGCAUCAUGCAGGGCGAGGGGGAAGCGCUCUUUGACUUCAUUGCACAAUGUGUGUCCCAGUUCCUGACCGAGACCAUCAGCCCUGAUGCCGCUCAAUCUGAGGAACGCCAAAGCCUCCCCUUGGGCUUUGUGUUCCCCUUCAGCUGCCGGCAGACACAGCUGGACAAGGCAGAACUCCUUUCCUGGUCCAAGGGCUUCAGCUGCAGUGGUGUGGUGGGGAAGGACGUGGUGCAGCUGCUGCAGGCAGCCAUCAAUAAGCAGGAGCUCUGCCACGUAGACGUUGUUGCCCUGAUGAAUGACACUGUGGGCACCAUGAUGACCUGCAGCACAGAGGGGAGACCCUGUGAGAUCGCCAUGGUUGCAGACAAGGGCUCCAACUGUUGCUUCAUGGCUGAGGCACACCUGGUGGAAACAACAGACGAGACCAGCGGGAGGAUGUGUGUCAACACUGAGUGGGGCUGCUUUGGGGAUGAUGGCACCCUGAAUGACAUCUUCACACCCUAUGAUGAAAGCGUGGAUGAGGAAUCUAACAACCCUGGGGAGAAGAGGUUUGAGAAGAUGGUGGGCAGCCUGUACCUGGGGGAGAUUAUCCGGCACGCACUGAUUGCCCUGAGUGCUGAGAAAGCUGUCUUCACUGGGACUGAUGUUGGUGUCCUAAAGGAAAAGGGAGUGUUCACAAUGCAGCAUGUUCUGGAGAUCGUCAACAACGAGGGGGGCAUGACUGCCGUGAAGAGGGUUCUGGAGGUUCUGGGGCUGCAGCCAAGCGAGCGAGACUGCGGCCGGGUGCAGCAGAUCUGCCGGGCAGUGGUGGGGCGUGCUGCCACACUCCACGCCACCGGGCUGUCUGCCAUCCUCAGCUACAUGUGCCAGACCCGGGAGAUGGAGAUGCUGCCGGUCAACGUAGGGUUAGAAGGAGAAUUGUGCACAGGCUACUUCAGGUUUGAGGAGAUCCUGAUGAAUGUGUCAAAGCUACUGGCUCCUGAGUGCAUGCCUACCUUCCUGGCCUCGAGAGAUGGCUCUGGGCGGGGGGCAGCCAUGGUGACAGCAGUGGCUUUGCGCCUGGCAGCCCAGCGCCGUGAGGUGGACGAGGUGCUGGCCCCACUACGGCUCAGUCACGCUGACCUGCAGAAAGUCCAAGCACUGAUGAGGGAGGAGAUGGAGCGGGGCCUGUGUAAGGAGACCAAUGCCAGUGCCUCUGUCCGCAUGCUGCCCACCUACGUUUCUCACACACCCGAUGGCACUGAGCAAGGCGACUUUCUGGCGCUGGACCUGGGGGGGACCAAUUUCCGUGUGCUGGUGGUGCGUGUGACAGAGGAGGGCAUCAGCAUGGCCAGCGAGAUCUAUGUCAUCCCUGUUGCCAUUAUGCAGGGCACCGGCAACGAGCUCUUUGACCACAUCAUUGACUGCAUCAUGGACUUCCAGAUGAAGCAGAACCUGGUGACAGAGAGGCUGCCUCUCGGCUUCACCUUCUCCUUUCCCUGCCAACAAGUGGGCCUGGAUAAGGCACUGCUGCUGACCUGGACCAAAGGCUUCAGCGCCUCAGGCUGUGUGGGACAGGACGUUGUCCAGCUGCUGCGGGACGCUGCCCAGCGCAAACAGCACUUAGGGAUGCAGGUGGUGGCUCUGGUCAACGACACGGUGGGAACCAUGAUGGCCUGUGGUUAUGAUGACCCCAAAUGUGAAAUUGGCCUCAUUGUGGGGACAGGGACCAACGCCUGUUACAUGGAGGAGAUGAAGAACGUGGGCACUGUGGAGGGGGACCAGGGCCGCAUGUGCAUCAACAUGGAGUGGGGGGCCUUUGGGGACAACGGCUGCCUAGACCACAUCUUCACCCACUUCGACAGGGUGGUGGACGAAACCACCAUCAACCCAGGCAAGCAGAGGUUUGAGAAGCUCAUCAGUGGCAUGUACCUGGGCGAGAUCGUGCGUCAGAUCCUGUUGGUAAUGACAGAGAAACAGCUCUUGUUCCAAGGCAAACCCUCCCCCAAGCUCCAGACCAAGGACAUCUUCCAGACCAAGUUCCUCUCUACCAUCGAGCUCAACGGGCUGGCCCUGCGGCAGAUACGGGCCAUCCUGACCGAACUGGAGCUCGAUGCCAGCUUUGAGGACAGCGUGCUGAUGCGGGAGGUGUGCCAGGCCGUGUCCCUGCGGGCAGCCCAGCUCUGUGCUGCUGGCUUGGCUGCUGUGGUGGAGAAGAUGCGGGAGAAUCGGGGCCUGGAACAGCUGUCUGUCACUGUUGGGGUGGAUGGCACCUUGUACAAGCUGCACCCAUGCUUCUCCCAAAACCUCCAGAAGACACUGAAGGACCUGGCGCCCAACUGCAACGUGUCCUUCCUGCUAUCAGAGGAUGGCUCGGGGAAAGGGGCCGCGCUUGUGGCAGCUGUGGCCAGUCGCAAUGCCAACGCCAUGGAAUAGCCAGCACCUCAAUAAAGCUCUUUGGUCUGCGCCUCCAACCUCUGGGGGGGAUCAUGAGGGCCGUGGGG